AUUAAUUAAUAUGAGAAAAAUAUUUCUCAAAAGAACACUGUUUAUUAUAUUUUGUUUUCUUUAAUGUUUGUACACUAAUUAUCAUUAGGCUAUCGCCGUUAUCGCUACUAUUUUCGCCUGACCCUCUGACCCGUCUUAUGACAGACUGAUAACUCCUAGGAGACCCAAACAAAGUUGUUCAGUUGCUAUUAUGUUACAUCACGUAACACAUCAAUCAGUGAAAAUGACUACAAAAAACCUGAAUCGCGUUAUAUUUUCUUCUUUCAUACAGUCAAAACGGAUUAACUUGUUACGUUCAUACAGUGAUAGCGGUAAACCAGCUAUAAAAACACCCUUGUACGAUUUGCAUAAUAAAUAUGGCGGAAAGUUAGUAGAUUUCGCCGGUUUCAUGUUACCCGUCCAGUAUUCGGAUAUGAGUGUAUCUGCUUCGCACUUGUAUACUCGGAAAAGUGCCUCGAUAUUUGACGUCUCUCACAUGCUGCAGACAAACGUUCGAGGUAAGGAUUGCAUCGAAUGGUUCGAAUCGAUUACGCCUGUAGACCUAAAAGGUAUGGCACCUGGCACGAGUUCUCUCACCGUAUUUUUAAACCCCAACGGUGGAAUAAUAGACGAUUUGAUAGUCACAAAAGUAAAUGACGAAACACUUUACAUUGUUUCUAACGCGGGAAGGUUGGAAGUUGAUAAAAAUCACAUGAAACAAACAUCGGAAGUGUUCAGUCGAAAGGGCAAAGAUGUCAAUGUUGAAUUUUGGGAUGUCGGUGAAAGAGCACUUAUAGCUGUUCAAGGUCCCAAAGCGGCAGCAGCUGUGCAAACUCUUACGAAAUUUUCGCUAAACAAUCUUACUUUUAUGACCUCUACUGUUGGUUCAGUAGCAGGAGUAGAGUGCCGGGUCACUCGGUGUGGAUACACCGGAGAAGACGGGGUGGAAAUAUCUAUACCAGCAGAUAAAGCUGAAGUUUUGACAGAGUCGUUGCUGAAAUGCAACGACGUCAAACUAGCUGGUUUGGGUGCGCGAGACUCGCUUCGCCUCGAGGCGGGGUUGUGCCUGUACGGUAACGACAUUGAUGAAGCAUUAACUCCUGUGGAGGCCAGCUUGACCUGGCUAAUUGCCAAGAGAAGGAGGACCGAGGCCAACUUCCCUGGAGCGGACAUCAUACUUCAACAAAUAAAGGAAGGCGUAAACAAAAGGAGGAUUGGUAUUAGAAUGGAAUCUGGUGCUCCUGCAAGAAAAGAUGCGUUACUCAAAAAUCCAAAAACCUCUGAGGUGAUAGGCAAAGUGACGAGUGGCUGCCCGAGCCCUUCUCUUGGUGGCAACGUUGCCAUGGGUUAUGUCGUAGAAACACUCAAGAAAAACGGUACAGAAUUGUUAGUAAACGUAAGAGGAAAGGACAACGCCUGUGUAGUUGCAAAAAUGCCAUUUGUGCCGUCGAAAUACUAUAUUAAGAAAUAAAAAACUAUUUAAAUAUUUAAAAUAA